AUGAAGGCCGCCACGCGCAUGAGGCCUCCCCUCCCUUCCCCCCUGCGUCGGCGGGCCGCCGGAUUUGCAGAUCUGCGACACUUCAUCACGGGCCGCCGGAUUUGUCUUUUUCCGCCGCCGGUUGCUGCCCGAGGCGAUGGCGUGGUCGGGGAGCCUCUCCCGGAGCCCAGGCAAGGGCGCAUCGCCGCAUGCAGGCACGGGUUCAUCCGCCCGCCGCCGCCGAAGGUUUGCGGGCAUGGACUCGUCUGGCCGUCCACCAGGUCGGCGCUUGCGCAACGUCUUUGUGGCCUGCCGAUGCUGCUCAUAGAGUGCGACGACUACCGGCGCCAAGUGCUGCGGCUCACUUCGGGCACGCCGACGCACCCCGGAUGGGUGUUCUACAAAUGCGAAAACGACGGGACGUGCUCCUUCUUUCGCCUGGAGGAUCACCGUGCCGAGCAGGCCGUACGUCCAGUACGUCAGCAGUCCAUGCACGCGUUCGUUGCCGCGCGCCCCACCUCUCCCGUGUCGCUUGCCGUCUCCCCUGAUGUGUCGCCUCGUGUUGGUCGUGGCCGUGGGCGUACGAGGAAGCGUGGCCGUGGCAACGAUGGGGCAGUAAACCCGUUCGGCCCUCAAUCGCCGCACCCGCCAGCUAACUAUCCCGCGCCGACGCCGGGCUCCAACUCCUGGACCGGUCUGUUUCAGGCAUGGUCCGUCGCUUGGCGCGCCCCUAGCACCGGCGUUCUUGGCCCUCGUCCUGGCACGCCUCACCGGCAGGCCAUGAUGGCCGCCGAGGCGCCGCUCCCGGCUCCGUCAGCGUACAACUAUGGUGGUGCCCCGCCCGGCUACGGCUCUCCGAGUGUCUACGCACCUCCUCGUGCUGGCCAGCAUGCGCCUCCACAGCCGUGGGACAUGGCGUCUCUCCAGGCUGCUCUUCACAGUGCCACCGCUGGCCCCUCGUCAUCCGGUUGUUCGUCAGACUGGUACCUCGACACAUGCGCCACCGCACACAUGUCCUCCAACCCGGGACUUUCAUACCGGGAUGGUGAUUCUUCGAAGUGAUUUAGAGAGCAACCUAUACCAUAUUGUCGCUCCCACUGCGCAUCCUACUCAGACACUUUGCUGGCAUGGUCACCGCAGGCCUCUGGCAUCAGCAUUUGGGGCAUCCCGGUCGCGAUUCGCUUCAUCAGAUUCCGUUCACCUGCACCAAGUCUCCGCUACACUCCUGUCAAGCAUGUCAUCACGGCAAGCACGCGCAUCUUCUGUUUCAGUCUUCAGCUAGCUGUAGUUUUUUUCCUUUCCAACUGUUGCACUUAGAUGUUUGGACAUCCCCAGUUGUAAGCGUCUCAGGAUAUGAAUUUUACCUUGUUA